AUGGCAAGUAUGCUUCCUGCCCCAUCUACAGCCGCUCAAGCCAAGUCACUUUAUCGAGUUGAUAUGGCCUCAGGAGUCCGAGAGUAUAAAUUACUUGAUCAAGCGAAGUACGAAUCUACCAUCUUAGGUCCAAAUGAUUAUCACUCAUUCGAAGACGGAAAUACCAUCAUAUGGCGUGAGCCAGGUACACUUCGAUUUCACCGUUGGACAAAGAGUAAGGAUGGACAAUGCACGGAGUCAGUCUUCCCAGGAGGAGGACAACAUAGAGAUGGUGAACUUAUGUUCAACAUUUACAAGAUGACUCCAGGUAACAAAAGUUCAGGAGGACUUAGUAAUUCAGAAUUAAUGAGAAAGUAUCAACCUGAGACACCAACAUGGAUGAAAUUGACUUUAUCAAGGAUACCAUCUACCAUCGUUUAUUUGGAUGCACAAGAUCGGUUCAGGCUUGAUGGCGGAAAUUAUACCAUCCGACGUGCAGGAUCAUCCGAUCACUUUAUCCGUGAAAGUCGAGAUGGUAUGACCAUCCAUGACAUUCCGACGGCCAAUGAUCUAAGGGAAAGGAUCAGUUGGCUCUCCGCCACAGAUCAUGAGGAGGUUCAGAUCUCUCUAGUGAAUAAGGAAGAAAGGAUGAAUGCUGAAGAGCAGGACAAGUCGAUGAUGGCCUCAGUCACCUUCGACAAUGGGUGGAGAGCCACCUCAGAAAAUGGUCCAAAGGAGCUAUCACCUGGCGUCCCGCAGACCUGGGAGGCAGUUCAUGAUAAGGCAAGACAUCGGGUAGAUCUGUCUAGAUUAGGUUCAACUGCAUUCUGUCAUGUUAAGCAUUCCGAGAGUAACUCGUUUAAAAGCGAAACGAUAGUAGACAGCUUCUACAUCAAGGGGCUGAACACCUUGGUCCUCAUGGACGGUGAUGGAUCUGGAGGGGGAAUCAAAGUGAACUUGUCCAUGUGA